AUGUCCAAACGCAGGAGUAUAGCACACGCAGAUGAGACACCUGAUGAGAUGGCCCUUGACGCAGAGCACAAUCCAGAAGUUGGGCUUACAUCCAGAAGUGCGGUCACAAUUGAGUACGCUGUCACCCAAUUGCAGCAUAGCAUCCGUCAGAUAAUCAAGGAGUCGUUAAAUACUGAACAGUUGCGCAACUGUCUGGCCAACAUACAGAAACAAAACGAUGGAAAAGAGGUUCUGCUGGCCGUUGAGCGAAGUCAGAAGCUUCAGCUCGCUGCGAGGCUGAAAGAUCUCUAUGAGAAUGGAAAGCUAAAAAUAUUUGAGCAAAUAGCAGAUUUUGAUGAGAGCAUAAAGUUGAAGGGAUCAAGCAAAAUGAGACUCAAACUCAAAAGACCAAAGCACGAUACAAACUCGAAUACGGAUUCACCCAAUAUGAGCAUGCCUCCACUUCCUAAAAUCGAGGACCCGGUCAUAGAAGCCAGAGUCUUUACACAUCGUUCUGCAGUCAGUAAUACCAAACACCUUUCCAAGAAAGAGAUUUUGGAGUCGAAUAACGAACGAUUAGAGUUCUUGGGAGAUUCGAUCAUCAACAACCUCGUUACACAGAUACUGUUCGAACGAUACCCAAGCUUCGACGAGGGAGAAUUAUCCAUUUUACGUUCACAGCUAAUCAGUAACAGCUCUCUGGGCGAAUUCUCUGAAAAGUACGGAUUUCCUGAAAAGCUGGUUGUGAAUUUUGCCAAGGAUGCUGCAUUCCAGAAGGGUAAACACAAGAUUUACUCAGACGUCUUUGAAGCUUAUGUUGGCGGGCUGUACGUGGAUAGCAACUACUCUAACUUGGACACGAUUAAAAAGUGGCUAGAACAACUUAUCACACCACGGCUUUCCAAGCUAACCGAGAGAUUCAAUCUGAAGAAUCUCAACAAUGACGCAAAGGCACAACUGUACGCUCUCAUAGGUUCGGCUGCACUUCCUCCACGCUAUAUCACCAAACAAACAGGAAACGGUUUUGAUGUUUCUUUUAUUGUUCAAUGUAUGAUUGGUGAUGAAAUAAUUGGAGAAGGAGAAGGAUCCAACUUAAAACAGGCCGGACUUAGAGCCGCAGAAGACGCGUUGAGCAAGAGGGAAGUCAUUGAAAAGUACAUCAAGCUGCGGGAAGCCACCCCGAAGGAAGUUUCCGUUGUUCCGAACACCAUACAGGAAAAUACCAAGGUGAAUACGCAACAGCUGAAACUAAACCCUGAAAACGAUAAUAUAACUCUACCGGCACUAGUGCCGCAGUCAGAGGUGGACGCGAUGUCGUCCGACAAGCUCUACGCUAUUUUGUCAAAAAGUAAGGUUUUGCCGGUCUACAAAACUGUUACCAGAGGUCAAGAAUUUGAGACCACUCUACUGAUAAACGACGUGGCAGCCUGCAUAUCAUCUGCUCCGAGCAAGAAAAAGUCGCGAAAUCAAUGUGCCGCAUUUGUUCUCGCCCACCCCGGAAUUCUGCCCCGUUGUCACGCAUUUGUUGAUUGA